UUUCCUCCUCGCCAGAUCUGGCGCAUGCGUACAUGUAAAAUGAAUGCGGACUUCGCAGCACUCUCAAUAUUAAAUUGUUUGAUGGCCAUUCAAUUGAUAAAUCAUGUCGAAAGCACCAUCUCAGCCCGGUUCUUCGGGUGCCGCGGCUAAUCUUGGACCCUCAUCUUCCUCCUCGUGCUCCUCUCCCUCCGCAGGCGGCACGACGUCCCCCACUAACGUGUUGCACGUACAGCACGAGAAGCCCCAGCACUACACAUACCUAAAGGAGUUCAGGACAGAGCAGUGUCCCUUGUUUGUGCAGCACAAGUGCACCCAGCACCGUCCCUUCACCUGCUUCCACUGGCACUUUCUAAACCAGAGACGGCGGAGGCCGAUUCGCCGGCGAGAGGGAACCUUUAAUUACAGCCCCGAUGUGUACUGUGUUAAAUACGAUGAGGGCACAGGGAUGUGUCCCGAUGGAGAGGAGUGUCCAUUUCUGCACCGAACAGCUGGAGACACAGAGAGGCGGUAUCACCUGCGCUACUUUAAGACUGGUUCCUGUAUACAUGAGACUGAUGGGAAGGGCCACUGCAGUAAGAACGGUCCUCACUGUGCCUUUGCUCACGGCUCCCAUGACCUCCGAAGCCCUGUCUAUGACAUCAGAGAGAUGCUGGAGUUGGAAGCUCAAGCUGCCACAGGAUUGGUUGAGGGGCCAUCUGGAGAAGGACAGUCAGGGGUUGUGGCCAGCACUGCACUUAUAGAAAAGAUCCUGAGUGAAGAUCCACGCUGGCAAGACAACAGUUUUGUGCUCUCACACUACAAGACAGAGCUUUGCAAGAAACCUCCACGGCUGUGCCGACAGGGUUAUGCAUGUCCCUACUAUCACAACAGCAAAGACCGCAGACGGAGCCCUCACAAACACAAAUACAGAGCCCUGCCGUGUCCCUCAGUCAAACACAGUGACGAGUGGGGAGACCCCAGUAAAUGUGAAAGCGGAGAAAGCUGCCAGUACUGCCACACGCGGACAGAACAGCAGUUUCAUCCAGAGAUCUGCAAAUCCACCAAAUGCAAUGACAUGCAGCAGAGUGGCAACUGUCCCAGAGGGCCGUUCUGUGCUUUUGCACAUUUAGAAAAAUUCAGUGUCAGUGAGGAGCAGCUGGCUUCACAAUGCAGUUCACCUCUUCUUGCAUCUUUCUGCCCCAACCCAUUUGAAGACUCCUCCCACAGUGACCACAGUGCCACCAGAGAGGAAGGGCUGCUGGGAUGCAUUCUGUUUAAGGAUUUCUCCAGCAUUGAAGCCGGCUCAGGAGGAGAGGGUGGUUAUGGGAAAGCCCCUGGUUUUGAGAGGGAAGACCAGGCCAAACAGAAAGGUUUUGUAAUGGAUCAACGCAGCAGAGAAAUCUUUUCCAUGCACAGCAAACAGUUUCAGGAUUUAUUAGUGUUUCUACCUGUCGGCAGUCCUCUUAGUUUGUCAUCCAGUGUACCCUCUAGCCGUGCAGCCACCCCACCCAGCCCUGCACCACCUGGUCCCUCUUCUGGCAUGAACGCCAACGCUCUUCCCUUCUACCCAACAAGUGACACGGUGGAGUCUGUAGUGGAGUCUGCACUGGAUGAUCUGGACCUGAAUGACUUUGGAGUCUCAGCUAUUAAGAAAAGUAUGGAGAGUUCAAGCCUGCCGAGCAAGGGGCACAUGUUGGGAAGCAGUCAGUUACAGAGUUCAGCACCUGUCAACAUUCCUGGCUCCUUAAGUAGUCCCUCCCCUUUCAGAUCACACUCACCUUCUCCACCAAUCAGAGCUCACCGCUCUCCAUUUCUCUCUACACAGCUGUCACAACCCAGCCAAUCAGAAAGCAGCUUUUUGGGGUCCUCCCAUGGUUCUUUAGGUUUAAAUGGAAUGAGCAGCAGUAUUUGGGAACAUUUUCCCACAGGUCAGAGUUCCCCAGGUACCCCACCUGCUCUGCUCUCCAUGGGGAGUAUGUAUGCUGAAGCGUCCCGUCUCAAACAGGAAGUGGAGGAGGCACACAGGGUGCUGAAACACUGGGACCACAGCUGGAGACAAAUGGCUCAGUCAUGGGCAGUCUUAAAAACAGAUGCAGAACAGGCACGUAUUCUGGUGCGGCAGCUGGGUAUGGAGGCCGAACGAGCACUGCAGGCUGAAGAGGAGGCGCAGCAGCAAGCUGCUCUCUUGGAGGAGGUGCUAGAGAGGCUACGUCAUUCAGAAAACCCACAUCUACAGCUUCACCAGCUGCAGUUACUGCACAGAUUACCACUCAGCUCCAUCUGCAGCCUGCAAGCACAGAUCUGCACCUGCUUACGCACUGUAGAACAGGCUGUGUUCAGGAAGCAGAGAUUAUAUUGUAUAUCUUGUGACAAGAUGGGCUCACUGACGUUGCCAUGCCAACACGGCCUGCACUGUGAGCGAUGUGCAGCCUCAACAGAAUGCCCGCUGUGCACUGAACACCAGCAGAGCCUGACUAUCCCAGAGUCAUAAACUGAGACUUAAUUAGAAUCUAAUAUAAUUUAGACACUAGACAUGAACCCUCGUCCUUCACAGUAUUUUCACUCUCACUUCGGUAUUACAAUGAUCUAAUUAAUUUUAACAAAACUAGGGCUAAAAAUUUUUUUUUUCCUCUGAAAGCCGCUUGUACUGGUGUAACAGACGUGACCCCGAUCGUAAUUUUUUUUAUUAAGACAUUUUAAAUCAAAAGUGGAAUGUCCUUCCAGAACCAUCCAUGAACAUUCCGAAAUGUUUACAAAUUAAAUCCAGUUGUUGUAUCUAAGGUGCAGCAGAAAUGCCUUGUCAGACCGGGGAAAUUUUGUAAUCAAUACAUAUUAGCAUAAUAGGUAGCUAUAAAGGAAAUUUACCAUUCAUUUUGUAGGAUUUUUUAAGUAUAAAUUCCAGGGGUGUUCUACAGAAAUACAGUGACUGCUACACAACAAAUAUGGAAAGGAAAUCUUUUAAUUCUGAGGAUUUUGUUUUCAGAAUCAUGAUAAACUGGAGUGCUGGAGAAAGAAGGCAAACAUACUUGUAUUUUUGAACUAAUGUGCAUAUUUUAAUUUUUGAAAUUGCAUUUGCAUUGAGUCAUUUUGCCUGUUAACUAAACCAAUAGCAGCUUUCAGAACAGUUGACAUUUUAUGUGCACAAAUGUCAGGCAUCAGUGGAGAAGAAUAGAAUUCAUGUGCGCUGAUUACCAAACACGAGAGAAAUUAUAAGCUAAGGCAGUCGGAAGAGAGCUCGACUCCUGCACGUUAAGAUUUAUUUGGAUGUUUUUGGUUGAAUUCAGUUUAAAGGUAAAAGUUAUAUGGAAGGGGCCAACUGAUGACUCUUUUAAACAGCUUCACUGUGAAUCAUCAGAAAUCAUCUGCUCCGCUUUGUUCAAAUACAGUGUUUCAUUCUGAUUUUGUAAAGACAAUAAACAUGUAUAUUUUUGGAUGAAACGGGUGUAUUUAUACUUCUUUUAAAUUACAAAUGUUAAAAAUAUCAUAAUUGUACAAUAAUUAAACACAAGACUCUUAAAAGU